UUUUUUCAAGGAUUAUUUGGAGUGUAUCACAGCAAUGGAUCACUAUUCAGACCAGGGCGGUGAUGGGAUAGAACUUCUUGAUUUGCUUUUUGACAAGAAUGAUGGCAUCUUACGCUAUGAGAAUAUGGGACAACAGAACAAUCAGCUUUGGCCAGUUCAAGAUCCUCAUAUGAUGAUGACCCCGCAGGGCAACGAGGACUUCUUCAACGCACUUAUAGGUGGCAGUGACUCUGUUUCUGGAUCUCCUGUUUGGUCGCCCUCUCCUAGCGACAGCGGGAUCAGCGAAGACCCUCAUUCAGAUCACAUCGACAGUCCUCCACCGAAUGCAAGCCCACCAAUGGAGCCUCACAUUGUCGUAUCCCAGACUCAACACAGUCUCAACAUCAACUUCCCUUUUGAUUUCAAUGGCUGGGAGACUGGUUUCCUCCCAGAUCAGUCCGGAGGGACGCAGUGUGCAUCUGAAACGCCACAGGCACAACAGACCACUGGAUUCCCCCUAACUGUCAAGGACCUGCUGCUAUCUGGCACACCAGAGCCUGCCGCGAAGGUGUCUCAGCAGUCCUACCAGGAGCUGAUUCUCACAGAGGAUGAGAAACGACUGCUUGCCAAGGAAGGGAUGACACUGCCAAAUCAGUUCCCGCUCACCAAGUAUGAGGAGAGGAUUCUGAAGAAAAUCCGCCGAAAGAUCCGCAACAAGCAGUCUGCCCAGGAGAGCAGGAAGAAGAAGAAAGAAUACAUCGAUGGCCUGGAGAGCAGGAUGGCGGCAUGCAGCGCGCACAACCAUGAGCUGCAGAGGAAAGUCUUCCAGCUGGAGAAGUGUAACAUAUCCCUGAUGGAACAACUGCGUCGGCUGCAGGCGCUGGUCAUGAACGGAUCCAACAAACCGGUCCAGGCUGGAACCUGUGUUCUGGUGCUGCUUCUGUCCUUCACCUUGAUUCUGCUGCCCAAUCUGAAGCCCUUCACAGACACCAAGGUCAGUCAACAUGGAGACUUCAGCCCAAUGAGAGUUCAGUCACGGUCACUGCACAACCUCCAGUCUUCCCGCGUCCUGCGCAACCUCGACCAUCCGUACUCCAUGACAGAAAACGCCAAAAUUCUCCCGCGCUUUCCCGAGGAUAAAACUAUGGAGGAGAUUGCGUCGCUUCUGGGAAGACUUCACAGGAGACCUCAAUUCACGGAGUACGACCCCGAGUCUCACAAUCAUAGUUUCGACCAGCAUGACGAGCACCAUCACGGAGACCCCAUAACCGGACACGUAGCGACGGUGACCUUGAAUCCACGGCGCGGCUCCAGGCGGAGUCCUCAUGCUGAUGAUAUGUGAUGGGCAGAAGGGGAUUUAACCGGGGAUUUGUCAAAACGCCUUCUGAAGACGGGAGCCAGCUCAAAGAUUGCUGGAAGCUUUUCUUUUUCUUCUUUCUGCAAAAUCUUCAGGAGAUAGGCCUAAAGUAAAUAUUUGCUUUUUAUUAUCAGACUUAGGAUUGAAAAUAAGUCAAAUUUAUUUGUUUAUCAUCUCAUUUUUAAACUUGACCCCCCCGCCAAA